AUGAAGUCUGGACUCCUAACCUACGCCUUCGCUGCAAACCUGGCGGUCCCGCUGGCCCUUGCCACCGCCAUCACCAGACGAGCCCUUGAUACAGCCGCCCUCGCAAACCAAUACUUCGGCAACGACAGUCCCUGGUAUAAAGACCGGAUCCCCUUCUUCACCUGCUCCGACACAUCCAUCCAAGACGUCUACUACUACCGCUGGAAGGUCUUCCGUGCACACCAGCGAGAUCUGGGCGAGAGAGGUUACGUCUCAACCGAGUUCCUCGACGAUGUUGGCUGGCAGCUGGAGCCCUGGGCUACACUGAACGAUGCUACCGGGUUCCACAUUGGCGAAGGCCGCUGGUUGCGAGAUCGCCGGUUUGCGGACGACUACAUUCGCCACAUGUACAAUGGUGGCAAUGACCGGCAUUUCACGGAUUACACGGCCGAUUCAGUGUGGGGCCCAUAUCUGGUUGAUGGCGAUGCUGAGAGCAUGACUGUUCAUUUGAAUGCCAUGAUCGAUCUUUACAAUCAGUGGAACGACAGCUUUGACACCGAGAAAGGCUUGUAUUGGAGAGAGCCUCUCGCUGAUGCAACGGAAUACACCAUCUCUAGCAUCGAUGCAAGCUGUGGUCAAGACGGCUUUACUGGAGGCUACGCAUUUCGUCCUUCAAUCAAUUCGUACAUGUGGGCGAAUGCGGUCGCAAUCAACAAGAUCGCUACGCUUGCUGGGCAGGGAGACGUUGCGACAGAUUUCCAGCAGCGAGCAGAUACAUUGAAAGAGCGUUUCCAGGCUGAUAUCUGGAACACUACUCUCGAACACUUCAUCGACCGGUAUCAGCGGGAUACAGACUGCGUCAAGUACUGGGAGCCUAUCCGAGGAAGGGAGUUAGUCGGCCUGGUGCCAUGGAUGUUCAGCAUGCCAGACAACAACAGCACUUACAAUCCCGCUUGGAAGAAUCUACUCGAUUCGGACAAGUUGAAGGGGCCGAAUGGCAUGCGAACGAACGAGCCGUCUUACGAGUACUACAUGCGGCAGUACAGGUACGAUCAGCCGACGGGGUUGAGAGAGUGUCAGUGGAACGGACCCGUCUGGCCCUACCAAACAACACAAGUUCUUCUUGGCAUGGCCAACUUGCUCGACACGUAUGAUCAAAAUAUCGUCACCAAGGCAGAUUUCGUCGGGGAACUGAGAAGGUACACGAACAUUCACUCUCUCAAUGGUGGGCUGAACAUCCAAGAAGACUACGAGCCUGAUAAGGCUGGGCCUAUCGUUGGCUUGCCUCGAUCACAUCACUACUUUCACUCCGGCUACAACGAUCUAAUCAUCAGUGGUCUUGUCGGUAUUCGACCCAGGGCAGACAGUGUCAUCGAGGUCAAUCCAAUGGUGCCUGAAGGAUCUGAUAUCAGUUCGUUCCGCAUUCAAGAUGUCCCUUACCAUGGCCACUCUGUCGCUGUUCAGUGGGAUGCCAGUGGAAGCGGGUUUCAAAUUGAGGUCGACGGCGCAGUUGUGGCCUCUUCCCCAUCACUUGGUCGACUCACUGCAGACAUUUCUUCAGCGACUGCACCCAUCAUCACACGACGCAUUGCCAAAUCGAUCCAGCUCGUCAGAGGCGACUUUCCAAAAGGCUCGGCCUCAUCAGGAAACGACACUGAACGCAUUCACGAUGCCAUCGACGGUCGGAUCUGGUUCUUCCCCGAGCUGCCAAACGGCUGGGACUCCGAUGCCUCUGAUGCUGGCUCCGAGCAAUGGUAUGCGAUCGACUUUGCCAAUGGCACUCAGGUCAAUUCUGCUGAGCUAGCGUUCUUCGUUGACGGCGAGAACUAUGCGCUGCCGAAGGAUUACUCCAUCCAGCAGUUCGACGGCACCAACUGGGUAGAUGUUUGGGGUGAUCGGCCUCAGCUUGUUGCAAACGGUGUUACGGCCAUCGAAGGGAAUGCCGUGACAACAAGUAGGAUCCGAGUGGCAUUUACACAGCCGGCCGGGAAGAAGACGAGGCUGGUUGAGUUUAAGCUUUACUGA